AGUGCCGGGAUCGAACCCAGGUCCUCAGAACUGUGAGGUCAACGCUUUCCAGCUGUUCCACCAUGCCGCCCUAUUUAUCAAUAUCCAGUGGUGUAAUUUUCAAAAUGUUAUGCCAUCAAAGUAAUUCAGAAGAUUGGUCUUUAGUUGGCGGCACAGUGGAUCAGAUGGUAAAGCGUUGGCCUCACAGUUCUGAGGUCCCGGGUUCAAUCCCGGACCCACCUGAGUGGAGUUUGCAUGUUCUCCCCGUGCCUGCGUGGGUUUCCACCGGGCAUUCCGGUUUCCUCCCACUUCCCAAAAACAUGCAACAUUAAUCGGACACUCGAAAUUGCCCCGAGGUGUGAUUGUGAGUGCGGCUGUUUGUCUCGAUGUGCCCUGCGAUUGGCUGGCGACCAGUUCAGGGUGUACGCUGCCUCCUGCCUGUUGACAGCUGGGAUAGGCUCCGGCACUUCCUGCGACACUCGUGAGGAUAAACGGAGAAGAAAAUGGAUGGAUGGAUGGAUGGCCUUUGGUUUUAGUUUUAAUUUGGAUUUAAAGGAGGCAUAAUAUCACUUGACACAUGAUUGGUAGGAAGGUUUUCCAGACACACUACAAUUAAUAUAUAAGCAAUAUAGAGUCAUUUUUCCAUUAUGAUUCCUCUGUAAGGCUCAAGUGUUUGAUGUGCUGACUAAGAGAAUAUAUCAUGUAGUUUAAUUGGUACUAUAUUGUAUAAAAUGUACUCAACAAUUUUUGUGCAUUCUUAUCGGUUGUUUUCCUCAACUGUUGCCCAAUCACAUGUCAUAUAAACACUGUGACUUUUCUUCCAAAGCAUUGCUUUUGCCCUAGACCCCCCACCCCACCCCCCGCCCGCCCGCGCCGCACUCCUCUCCUCUCAUCUUCAUCAAACUGAUCGCACUCGACACAAAACAGAGAGCGCGUGACCUCGCGCACCGGGACGAAAUGUUGUGAUGAAAAGAUGAGCGAGAGCUGAGUGGGGGGUAAUCCUGUUUGGAUAGGAACACAGUCACAAAAGAAAAUUGUUGGCGCUUUUUCAAGAGAAACUAAAUCAUAUGCAAGAGCCUUUUCGCGAAAAGGAGUAGAAAUUGACAACCACGCUGAAGAGCGCAUAUAAAAAGUCUACACACCCCUGUUGAGAAUGGUGGUAUCUUAAAAAAAAAAAAAAAAAAAAAAACAUUUCGAUACCUUUUUGGCCAUUACAACAUUUUAGGGGGGAAACAUUUUUGAGAGUGGAAGUAAAAAUAAACAACUGACAUCUUUUUGUUGUCCGGGCGUGCGCAUGGAAUUUAGCACACACCUGUCACCGUUUCAAGUGCUCUCAAUUAACCCCAAAUACAUUUCAGGUGUUCUUGUGGUUGUUUGCUGGCAGUAUUUUUUGCUUUCUCGCAGAAGUCUGAAGAUUUUUCUUUUUUUUUUUUUUGCCAACACAGCCUGCUCCUGUUAUGCAUCAGUACACGCUGUACACUUCCAUGAGCAAGCUCAUCCCCAAACUGCCAUGGAUAAAGAUUGUGCACAAUCAGGUCUCACGUGGCAGGUGAGGGCCAACCAACGCCGCUACCACCAGCGACAGCAGAAGAAAUCCUUCCUGGGCUUCCGUUGGGGCCGGUAUUCAGAUAACCAGGUACGCAGCUAUAAGUACUCCGUCCUCACCUUCCUGCCGCUGACGCUGUUUGAGCAGUUCCAGCGAGCCGCCAAUCUCUACUUCCUCUUCAUGAUGGCGUUGCAGUGCGUCCCCAUCAUCUCAUCCAUCCAGUGGUACAUCUCCAUCAUCCCGCUGAUCCUCAUUCUCUCCGUGAGAGGCGUGAAGGACCUCAUUAACGACAUGGCGAGGAGACGCAGCGACUUCGAGGUCAACUCGCGACCAUGUGACGUGCUCAUCUCCCAGCGUUUCAGUCCAGUGCAGUGGAAGGAUCUGUGCGUGGGAGAUAUCGUGCGCAUCCACCAAGACCAAACCAUCCCUGCAGAUGUGAUGCUCCUCUGCAGCUCUGAAACUCACAGUCUGUCCUAUGUGGAAACAGCUGACAUUGAUGGCGAGACGAACCUGAAGUACCGACAGGCUCUCAGUGCGACGCACGACCAAUUGACGUCGGAACCCGCAGAGUGUACGCUCGCCGCCUUUGACGGCGUGGUGUUCUGCGAGGAACCCAACGAUGGCAUGUACGCGUUCCGAGGGCAGCUGCACUGGAGAGGGGAGCGUUUCCUGUUGGGCAACGAGCACCUCCUCCUCAGGGGGACCGUCCUCCGAAACACGCAGAUCGCCUAUGGUUUGGUCGUUUACACCGGUGCCGACACGAAGAUCCUGAGGAACUGUGGGAAAGUGCGAGCGAAGAGAACUCGCUUGGAGAAUAGUCUCAACAGAGCGGUGGUAGUGAUCAUGGUGUUUUUGCUGCUGGCUGUUCUUCUUCUGGCCGUCGCCUGCGGGGUGUUUGCAAGCCGGGUCAUGAGCCGCACAGAGGUUCUGUCAGCGCUGGUUAUCAACGGUGACCCGGUAUACACGGGCUUCCUGGUCUACUGGAGCUACUUCAUUCUGCUGGGACCGGCCGUGCCCAUCAUGCUCUACGUCACGUUUGAGAUGAUUCACACAUUCCACAGCAAGUUCAUUAAUUGGGAUUUGGAGAUGUACGGGCCUCAGACAGACUGCCCGGCACAGGCCCGGACAACUUCCCUGUGUGAGGAGCUGGGCCAAGUGGAAUACCUGCUGAGUGACAAAACUGGAACGCUGACCCAAAAUCGUCUGCUCUUCAGGCAGUGCUGCAUAGCCGGCGAGAUCUAUGGUGAUGCAUCAGUCAGGGCAGAGGACACCGAGCCGAUGGACCUCACCUGGAAUCCGUUUUCGCGAGGCGGUCUGUUCAUGUGGGCCCCCGCCCUUGUGGAGCGUCUCCGAGCGCAACGGUCCCCGACCAUCAGACAAUUCUUCACCGCACUGACGCUGUGCCAUACUGUCAUGGCCCAUUGGAAAGAAGAUGCUCUAGUUUACCAAGCAGCAUCUCCAGAUGAGGAGGCUCUUGUCGGCGCCGCCAGGGAGCUGGGCUGGGUCUUCCUGUCCAGAAGCAGAGACUUUGUGGUUGUCUCCGAGUUGGGUGUCACGCAUCACUACGAGCUGCUGGCUUUGCUUGACUUUACCAGUCAAAGACGACGGAUGUCAGUUUUGGUCCGGGAGCCAGAGGGUGCUUUAAAACUGUACUGUAAGGGAGCUGACAUUGUGAUACUGGAGAGGCUGCAGAGGGACUGUCCACAUCAAGAGAGCGCCGAAAAAGCCCUUGAGGUCUUUUCCGAGGCUUGUCUGAGGACCUUGUGCAUUGCCGUUCGAUCGGUUUCCGAGACGUCUUGGGACCAGUGGAGUAAAACUCUGGCUCGGGCCGUUGCCAUGGCGACCUUCGACCGCGACGCCCUGCUGGAGAAGCUUUAUGAUGAAAUGGAGCAAGAUCUCCAGCUUCUAGGUGUUACAGCCAUAGAGGACCGACUCCAGGAAGGCGUUCCCGAGACGAUUUCGCUCCUUAAACAAGCUGGGAUUAAAGUAUGGGUGCUCACGGGGGACAAAAAAGAGACGGCAGUCAACAUUGGAUAUGCGUCUAAACUACUGGAUCCUGACGCGAGGUUACUGGAAUGGCAGGAGUUGAGACAGAUCCUCCAAUCGCCGGACCCUGACGUCCAUUUCCACAAACUCAAGCAGACAGAUCUGUGGGCCGUUGAAAAGGAAAAGGCUGGCGUACAGACUGCAGUGGUCCUGACUGGCCCUGAGCUUACAGAGUUCGACCAGAAACCAGAGUGGGGCGCCAAGUUCAUGAACGUAGCUCAACAGUGUCGGACAGUGUUGUGCUGCCGGGUGACACCUGGACAGAAGGCGGACAUUGUCACUUUGGUCCGGAAGCACACAAGCGCCAUCACGCUGUCCAUUGGUGACGGGGCCAAUGAUGUAAACAUGAUCAAAACGGCUCAUGUCGGCGUGGGACUGACAGGAGUGGAGGGAGGUCAAGCGGUACAGAAUGCAGACUUUUCCCUGUCCUCUUUCCGGUUUCUGCAGAGGUUGCUGCUGGUCCACGGGCGCUGGUCGUAUCGGCGCAUCUCCCUGUUCCUGCGCUACUUCCUUUUCAAGACCUGUAGCUUUGCACUGGUGCACCUGUGGUUUGGCAUCUUCAACGGCUACAGUGCUCAGUCUUUGUAUGAGACAUGGUUCAUCGCUCUUUACACUGUCUUCUACACGUCGUCCCCAAUUUUGUUUGUGGCCUUCUUUGAAAAGGAUGUGAGUGCAGAGAACAGCCUGAAGUGGCCUGAGCUGUACAAGUGUGGACAGAGGCAGGAGCUUUCUGGGCCCCGAGUGCUGUUCGCGUCAUUGGCGUACGCUCUCUACGCUUCCCUCGUUCUCUUCUUCGUUCCCUGUGGAGUCUACUACAACUCUGCCGUCGACUACCAGACCAUGGCGGUUACUGUGUCCAUGGCAGCCGUAUUUACUGCCAACAUUGAGAUCGUGCUGUUGACCAGAAACUGGACAAAGUUCAACAUAGCUGCCGUUUGUGUUUCUUUGCUGCUCUACUUCAUCUGCUCCAGGAUCACACACAGCAAGUUCUUUUUCCAGAGAGAGCCUGCUGAUUAUUUAUUUUACGGUGCAUCUGACGAGGCUUUCGCAGAUCCAGUCGUGUGGCUCACGGCUCUGCUCACUGCCUGUUUGGCUGUGUUGCCUUCAAUGACCUUCCUCGCCCUCAGUGUCAUCCAAACCACGCACCACAAGCAUAAGGUUCACAGCACGUCCCGUCAGCUAGUGGAACCGAGGACCCAGUUCACGAGGAAGACUUCUCUUUGUCCUUCAUUUGGAUCCGGCACGUAGGAACGGAAACAGAACAGUGUUGGGACUUGAUGGCCACGUGAAGAAACCAAGAAAUUACUGCUGACUUUUAAGACAAAUAUUGCAAGAUUGUACAGCGGUGGUAGUUCAUUUUCUGUAGAGCCCAUACUCAUAUUUAAGGCAAUUAUUUUCUAAUAAACUGUAGAAAUUGUCUACAAUGAAUUGUUUUAGGCCAAGGAAUUGGGUCUUGAAUAUAAAUAAAAGGUAAACUAACGUAGCAAUAUUAAAAACCUUUCAGCAAAUAUUGCAAAAUUUAAAAAUGGAAUUCUACAAGAACAAAAAAAGUUUAGUAAAUAAAGUUGUAACACUAGCUUUCUUUAUUCUCUGUCAAGCAUGCAUUGAUCCAACAAAAGGCAGAUUUUUAAUAGGAAUAGACAAAAAAAGGUUAUAAUUAUAUCUAGCUCAUGAUACUACUAAUAAUGUUAGCAAUAUGGGGUUGGUUGAUU